CAAGAAUGAUUCGCUCGCGAAUAUUUAAAUCCGCCCCGUAAUGCGCAUUGUUUUGGCCUUCCUGAAAUAACUUUUAGUCGGAAGGGUUUAACAGCACUAUACCACCAACCAUGAUAUUGCCAGGACUGUCCUGAAAUAAGCGUACCUUCAUGACAUAAACUGCUGUCAGAAUGUCCUCUAUCGACCCCUAUCAAUACAUCAUAGUAGAGCAUCAGUAUUCUCAUAGACUGAAAGUAACCGUGGUGAGAGCUGAAAAUGUGACUAAAGGAGCAUUUGGGGAUUUAUUGGACACCCCAGACCCUUAUGUGGAGCUGUCCAUUCCAACCACCCCAGAGUCAAGAAAACGGACACGCCACAUUGAUAAUGACAUUAACCCAAAGUGGAACGAAACAUUUGAGUUCGUAUUGGACCCCAAUCAACCCAACAUUUUAGAGAUAACACUGAUGGAUGCUAAUUAUGUCAUGGAUGAAACUCUCGGCACAGCUACAUAUUCCCUAUCAAAACUCAAAGUGGGGCAGACAGAGCAAGUGACACUCCCUAUUGGCAAGAUGACUAAAGUGUUUCUCGAUAUGUCCUUAGAAGUGUGUGCAUCCAGAGACUUGCGCUUCAGCAUUGCUUUGUGUGAUCAGGAGAAGCUUUUCAUGCAGAAACGCAGGGACAGAGUUAUGCUCAGCAUCAAGAAACUUCUCAAAAUGGAAAACCCGCAAUUCCUUCCGGCCUCACCAAGAGAGGUUCCAACCAUCGCCAUACUGGGCUCUGGAGGGGGGUUUCGUGCAAUGGUGGGCUUCUCUGGAGUGAUGAAGGCUCUGUAUGAGUCUGGAGUGCUCGACUGCGCAACAUACGUUGCGGGACUUUCUGGAUCAACAUGGUAUAUGUCUAUGCUGUACUCACAUCCUGAGUUUCCCGCUAAAGGACCAGGGUAUAUUAAUGAGGAGCUGAUGAACAGGGUCAGCAAUAACCCACUUAAACUGCUCCUGCCCCAAAACAUCAACCGCUAUGUCAAGGCUCUGUGGAAGAAGAAGUCAGCCGGACAGCCUGUCACCUUCACUGACAUCUUCGGCAUGUUGAUAGGAGAGACUCUCAUUCCAGGGAGAAUGGACACAAAACUUAGCUCCAUGCAGGAGAAGAUUAAUGAAGGUCAGAGCCCUCUGCCACUCUUCACCUGUCUGCACGUCAAACCUAAUGUCUCUGAGCUCAUGUUUGCAGAUUGGGUAGAGUUCACUCCGCAUGAAAUUGGCAUGGCCAAAUACGGCACCUUCAUGUCUCCAGGGCUCUUUGGGAGCAAGUUCUUCAUGGGCUCUGUUGUGAAGCAAUAUGAGGAAAACCCCUUACAUUUCCUCAUGGGUGUAUGGGGAAGUGCUUUCUCCAUACUCUUUAACCGGGUUCUGGGUGUGAAAGAGACAGCCAGCAGUAGCACAAUGGAGGAAGAGUUGGAGCAAAUUAAACCAGAGCACAUUGUGGGAGAUGACUCAACAGAUAAUGAGGAGGAAACUCCAAGAGGAGGCACAGAGUCUGCAGAGGUGGAAGAUGAGCGGCAGCGUGAUGCCCAGGCUAGCUGGGUUCAGCGCAUGUUGACCUCAAUAAUGGGUGACUCCACCCUGUUCACCACACGUGAGGGCCGUGCCGGCAAGGUGCACAACUUCAUGCUGGGGCUUAACCUGAACUCUACCCUGCCCUUCUCUCCCUUCAGCGGCCUCAUGAACCAGACCUCAGUGGAUGAGGAGGUUGAUGCUGUUACAGAUCCUGAUGAGUUUGAUCUUAUCUACGAGCCCCUGGAUGUGAAGAGUAAAAAAAUCCAUAUUGUGGACAGUGGCCUGACCUUUAACCUGCCCUACCCUUUGAUCCUACGGCCUCAGAGAGGAGUGGACCUCAUCAUCUCGUUUGACUUCUCUGCCAGGCCCAGUGACUCCAGCCCACCAUUCAAAGAGAUACUUCUGGCUGAAAAAUGGGCUCGCAUGAAUAAGCUGCCGUUUCCUAAGAUUGAUUCCAAAGUAUUUGACCGAGAAGGUCUGAAAGAGUGUUAUGUGUUCAAACCCAACAAGGGAGACAAAAACUGUCCCACUGUCAUUCAUUUUGUCUUGGCCAAUAUCAACUUUCGGGACUUUAAAGCCCCAGGAGUUCCCAGACAGUCAGACAGCGAGAUAGAGUUCGGCAACUUUGACAUAUUUGAUGAUUCAGCUUCUCCCUACUCCACUUUCAACUUUCAAUACCCCAAUCAGGCCUUCAAGAGGCUUCAUGAUCUCAUGGAGUUCAACACGCUUAACAACAUUGAGGUUAUAAAAGAAGCUAUUAAAGACAGCAUUCUGCAGAGACAAGAGAACCCAUCACGCUGUUCGGUUUCCCUUUCACUCAGUGAGAUCAAAAACAAGAAGUUUCUGAAACGAAAUACCAGCAAUGCAAAAAGACACACCUAACAGAUAGCUAAGCAAAAAGCUAUACACAAAAGCCUCGACUAUGUUGGUCCUCUGGUGCUGAAUCAGACUUUUAAAGAGAAUCAGCGAGCUGAUUUAUCAGACAAGACUGGAUCGACCUUAUUGCUGGGGUUUACCAUGUUUUAUAGUGUCUUUUACUGUGAUUUCCCACGUUUCUUGAAUCACCAUUUUUAAUAUGUUUGAGCAAGUUCUCCACACCUUUAAUUUUAAAGGGCUCUUACUUAUUGAGACAGUCAACCGACAAAUCUAGCAGUGCACUUCUCUAAGGAGCCAAGUACUGGCAGCUUCGUUUUUUGUGGGCAUUUUAGCAGCAAAUAAUCUUCUGAGCUGUGACAGUCAUUUAUAUUCUCAGUGGCAGCCUGAGCCUCAGGACAUGCUGUUCCUUAUGUGUUUUUGGUUGUGUGAUAAAAAAACAAUGGAUGUUCUCCAUUCAGUUCUACUGUGACACACCUAUGACCAGUAGAUGGUUUGUGGUAAGCCUUGUCUUUAGGACAGGUUUCGUCUCAUAUUUUAUUGAAAUGUUAAUACUUUUGUUGAGAACUGGAUUUGGCUGCUUCUAUUUAUUUUGCUUGCAAAUGUCUUCUCUCUGGCCCAAGGGGUGAGAAGAAGGUGGAAUGCCAUCUUACUCCUCCCAUGCCAGACUCCACCUCUUUGGGAGGUGUCAAAAAUGAUGACAAGAUGGGACAUGAAUGACCUGAUGUUUUGAUAGAUGAGUCAGUUCCUUUUUUUUGGCAAGCUCUAAAUAAUAUAAAUCUAACUUUACCUCUCCACAUAAUCAGUCCUCUGGUUUACUUAAUGAUAAAAGUUUAUGGUAACACUUUACAAUAAUGUUCCAUUCAUUAACAUUAGUUAAUGCAUUAAGUAUCAUGAACUAACAAUGAACAACACAUAUUUUUACAGCAUUUAUUCAUCUUUGUUAAUGCAUGGAGCAUGCGAGUCAUGCAGCUGACACUGUUCUCACACCACACGCCCCUUUUCUCACAGUGAUAACGUCGCGGAGCAAAGAGGACACUGACAGCACACAGGCAGACAAGACAGAGCAGCUGGCACAGUGCAGAAGCGAGUUAUUCAGACCAACCAGGGUACUGAACUCAAAAGUUGGCACCCUUGUAUUUACUUAUUUGUAUGCUUAUUUUGUUGCUACUCUUUAAAAUAGUUUAAAUCAUUCAUCAUUGAACCAAUCCUAACUGUGACCUGGAAGGAAAAGCCUGAAAUCAAAUUUGACAUAACUUUUCAUUAAAAGAUGUAAUAUUUUGGAAGGAUUAGCUUGAACUUUGAACUAAAAAAGAAAUGGGAAAAUAAGGAUGCGCGCUGUAAAUCAAAGCAGAUAAAGUCAUUAAUAAAACUGAACUGAGGUCAGUGGGAAUAAGGUGGCAGGUAUAUACUGGAAAGACAGGUAGAGUGGUAAAAAUAGACCUAAGCUAUUCACUUUAUUUAGCCCCGCCCCUUUUCUGUGCUCCGCCCUUCCGAAUUUUGUCAUCCGUUAGUAUUGAAGUUACUGAGAAGAGUCGAUCAAAUUGGAUUAUAUGUGGGAGCACAGAAAGCAUUUUUUAUCAAGAGUUGAUGGUGAGAGUCUACAGCACCCCUUUACUACUUGAAAAUGCUAGUGGGGUGUUUUUUCUGUCACUCUAAAUGUUCGUUUUUUACAGUUGUGCCUAAUUCCGCCUAUUCGGCUGAAGCCUCCCUCCCUUCGCGUGCACGCGCACAGUACCGCCGUGUUUCCACUAGAUGGCAGUAAAAAAAGUGGGACUUCCGUUUUCACCCAACCCAUCCGAAAGUUUAGUUAGGAUGACAAGUUACACAUUUUAAUUCAUGUUUGUAUAUGUUGUUUUUGUUAUUCAUUUGUGUAGAUUUCUCUUAUUAAUUUGUUAAGAACUUUUUGCUUAAAUGCUGAAAGGUGCAAUAGAAAUAAAGCUAGACUAUAUUAUUUAUUUCCACCAACAGCCAAUUACAGAACUUUACUGCAUCUACUACAUGUACAAAAGUGUUUUAGAUAAAAUACCAGUAAUAUUAUUCAUUAUCAUGCAAAUUAAAUACACUUAUGUGUUCAUUUGGACAACAUUGUAACAUUACAAGUGUUGAGUGUGUCAGACUGACAAACUAAUUUUCUUUCGUAAAGCAUGUGACACCUUAGUGUAAAAUCUACCAGUAGGCUACAUACUGAUUUAACGUUCAAUAAGCAGACAAAAAAGACCUAGAAUCGACUUGUUACACGAGUUGUGUAGAAACACAAAUAAUAAGGACGUAGGGCACUGACGUUUGAAAUCCUUUGAAUUAUAUUUCAGAGUCUGUGUUGCCAUCUACUGGAAAAUGUUUAACUUGUCAUCCUAACUGAACUUUCGGAUGGUUGGGUGAAGACGUAAGUCCCACUUUUUUACUGCCAUCUUGUGGAAACACGGCGGUACUGUGCGCGUGCACGCGAAGGGUGGAAGUAGGCACAACGUCACCAGUGGAGGUAAAUUGGACACACUGCACUUUUUCAUAAUACAAUCGUUGAAUUGUUAUACGUGUAAUUCUGCUUAAUUUUUAUGUUUCAACAACUUGUUAAUAAUUUGUGUUAAAAUAUGUGGUUGAUAGUUGUGUAGAGGCUUAAAUGUGAUUAAAAUAGUUGUAAACGGAAUAUAAAAUAAAACAUACACUUUCACAUGUGUGUGUUUGUAUAAAUAUAGUUGCACCCUCCCCCUGUCCUAAUGCUCAAAAAGUCUGCUCACCUUAUCUAUAAUGCCAUGAGUAAAUGACAUGAGAAGAUGGUCAGAGGUGUCAUACAGAGAAAUUUUGAAUGACUUUGUCUUUGUGUUGUCUUUUGGAGUUUCAUGAGCACAGAGACACAGUACAUCCACAGCUUGAAGGUAAUAUCUUGUGUAUUUAUGAAUGAAGUACUCUUUUUUUUCACAAUCUCACUGGUCUACUUCCAGAUGUUAAACACUUUAAAAUACUCACGAUAGCUUUUGACAACUUCAUAACCUGUAAAUCCACUUUGCUAGCUAAUUAUACUUUGACAUAAACACCAGAUAUCUAUAUAGAACCGCUAGAACGGAAGUUCCGAGACAAAAUUUUCAAGAUGGCUGCGCGCUAGUUCCUCUGGCACAUAAGGUGAAUAGAGUGCACUUUAAGUCCAAAAUAAAUGUAAACCAUUACAACUUCCUUGCUGUUUGUGGUCAGUACAAUUUGGAUUUGAAAUGAUGUAGUUAUGCUGUAGCUGUAGCAAACACUACAACUGUAGUAGUCAUGUAUGUUUGUAUGAUUAGUUUAUACACGAUGUAUUACUUUCCUAACAUCUGAUGGGUCAGUGCAGUACCUGCCCAUUAAAGUAAGAUUACACAUUAAGGAUGCAAACUUUUUUCUUUCUUUUUUUUACAUAAUAAAAGAACAUCAAUGACCUCUGGGGCAUUAAAUACUGGAAAAGCAGUAGAGCAGACAGCCAUGCACUCUUAGUAAGCUUGUUUAGAGAAUGACAAAAUACAAUCUCAGAAAUGUAUUUUUUUCUAAACACGUUUGUACUUGAUCAGGAAAACAUGAUGCUCAAAACAAUGUCAAUAUUACGGUUUUAAUUUGAUAAAUGCAAAACCCAGAUAAAACACUUAUCUGUGCAAAUAGAUGAUCUGUAGUUCUUUCCUUAAUUGCUACCUUGUACUGUGGGAUGAAAUCUGUAAAUAAUAUCAGCUUAUCUACAAAGUGCUGUUCAAUGUAAUUUUGCGCUACCCUCCCAGCAGGUACCUGUUUGGAUUUAUUCCUCAGUUGUUGCUGUUAUAUUUAAAUCUAUUGAUUGAUCACAAAAAAACAUAUUGUAUGUUACACAAACCUUCGUUUUCUGCUUUUAUAUUUCCUAUCCAUCCAAAGCUUCUAAAAUUGGUUUUAUUAUGCUCUCAACAGUCCUCCAGGAUGUUCUUUGUAGGGUGUGAUCUGUUAUGCCCCUUCAGAUUAAUCCAGUACGCCAGCAUAAGUUUCACUCUUCUUAUCCGUAAUGGCAUUUCCCCCGUUUCAACUUGUAUAGCAGCUACUGGAGAUGUUUUAAAUGCUCCACUGCAUAUUCUUAGUCCUUGUGCCUGCUCCAAAUCCAGCUUACUAAGGUGACUUGCUGCUGCUGACAUAUAGGUUAUACACCCAUAUUCUAAUGUAGCUCUCAUAAGGGCCUGGUGUAUAUUCAACAAUGAUGCUCUGGUUGCUCUCCAGUCUUGUCCUGACAGGCACCUUAAUAGAUUGUUGACCUUUUUACACUUGUCCUUUACUUUAUCAAUGUGUCGCUUCAAGGUCAGCUUUUCAUCUAACAAUACCCCGAGAAAUCUGAUCACACUGACCUGUUCAAGUGUUUGGCCAUAUAAUUUCAAGGAUACUGCCUUAUGGCAUUUAGAAAAACAUAUCACUUGCGUCUUUGCUAUAGAUAACUGAAAAGCCCAUUUAUUUGCCCACUGUUCCACCAUCUUAACUGCAGCCAGCAUUUUCUUCUGUAUAUAUUUUAGAUUCCGCCCCCUUAUCCAUAAAGACCCGUCACCGGCAUACAGCGAUUUCCCUAUACCUUUAUUAACUUGCUCAAAAAUAUAAUUAAUCAUGAUGUUAAAUAUCACUGCCCUGUGGGGUUCCAUUCUCUAUUCUGUACCUACCCUUACCUAUAUUGUCCUGCCAAAUAGGAAGUCCAGUACCCAGUUAUAUAACCUGCUGCCCACACUUAACUAACUUAAUUUGAUAAGCAGUCCUUCCUUCCACAACAUAUCGUAUGCUUUUUCUAUAUCGAAAAAGACUGCUACCACUAUUUCCUUAUUUGUUUGGGCUUUCCUAAUUUCAAACUCUAGGCUUAGAAUAGGGUCCAUUGUAUUUCUACCUUUGCGAAAACCACUUUGAAUAAGAGAAAAAAGGUCUCUACUCUCUAGAAAAUAUGUUAUUCUCUCAGUUACCAUUCACUCCAUAGUUUUCCCUAAUUGUGAUGUAAGUGCUAUUGGUCUAUAGUUUGAGGGGAUUGAUGGGUCUCUCCCAGGUUUUAAAAUUGGCACAAUGAUUGACUGUUUCCAUGCCACUGGAAUUUCCCUGUGUCCCAAACUUUAUUAAACAACUUUAAUACUGCAAGGA